CCAAAGGCAAAACCGCCAAACCCAAAGCAAAAACCAAGAGAGGUUGCGAUUGACAAAUUCCCUCCCUCCUCAUUGCUGCAUCUCUAAGCAAGAAGGCACCAGAAUGAAAGGCAGAAACCAAAAACAUUAGGGGACCAAGAACUCGUGGAGCCUUCUCCCAUUUCUGAUUCUUUGAUCCAUUUCUUAGCAAGGCGUAGCUCUCAAACCCCUCCCAGGAACCUCCAGGAGACAGAAUUGAGCCAAAUUUUCUGCCCAGAUUGUCCGGAGGCAGAUAAAAUGCGCCGCCUGUGAGCUCCUGGAUCACAGGAAUCUUCAAGAAAUCGAUAAAGGUGCCUUUUUUAGGCUCCUGGAUUGGAGAAGCCUCCGAGAAACCAAUCAAAGGCGCCAUUUUUGGCCACCUUGCGAGCUUUGCUGCCAUUUGAUCUGGCAGUGACCUCUCCGCGGGCGAUGGCAGCGGAGGAGCUCGCGAGUAAGAUAAGGGAGCUGGAGGAGGGCCAGGCCGAGCUCAAGCGGGAGAUAUCCAAGCUCGCGCCGGAGCGCCGCGCGCAGUCCCCCUCCUCCUCCUCCUCGCGCCGCCCGUCGCCUGCGCAGCGUGCUCUUGCCGCGCUCCCGCAGUUGUCAUCGCGGAUGCAGCGCGUGGGUCGCGUCGGGCUGUCCGACAGGCAACACAUCAGGGCCCUGCACGCGCUGGGGCAGGCCGUGCAUGUCAUUGGCCCCGGGGGGAAGCUCCUGUACUGGAACCGGUAUGCCGAGCAUAUGUAUGGCUAUUCUGCAUCAGAAGCAGUUGGUCAGGUUGCCAUUGAAUUAUUGGUUCAUCCUGAUGACGCUGCAGCAGCAAACAGUAUCAUUGGAAAUAUAUUUAUGGGGAAAUGCUGGAGAGGGAAGUUUCCAGUUAAAAACAAGUCAGGAGAGCGCUUUUUGAUUGUCGCCAAUAACACUCCUUUGUAUGAUGACGAUGGUAGCUUGGUGGGCCUCAUCUGUCUUUCAGUUGAUAUUCGGACAUUGGAGGAGAUAAUUGGCCCUUCAACCUCAGUGAAACCCUAUACAAAUUCAGCAAAGCCCCUUUUUCAAGUCAACAAUCGGCCCAAAAGUAGUUUGCUGAACAAAAGUUCAUUUGACUCCCAGCAAACUUCUAUCACCUCCAAGAUAACAACUUUGGCUACCAAGGUUACAAGUAGAGUUCUCUCUCGGAUCAAGACAGGCGAGAACAGCAGUGAAUGGUACGGCGGCGGCUGUGAGGUCCAGUACCCUGAACAUGAUACCAAGGAAGAAAUGGCAUCUAGUGGAGCAAGCACCCCAAGUGGGGAUGUACUGCAUGGUGGCUUUGUUACAAGAGAGGAUUCCCCUGGGAAGUCGAGCAAAACAAGUAGUCAUGACUCAGGAGAAGGAAAAGAAGGACUUCAAAAAAUUCUUAGUUCAAAGGUGGAAGCAUUAUUGACCAAGAAGGGGAUAUCAUGGUCUUGGAGAGGGCUUGAACAUUAUGGUCCUGGAAAGAGUCACAUAAUCUCUCCGCAGUUUCAUGAUACGCAAGAGAAUGACCAAACACAUAAGGGGGUUCCAGAACCAAUUAUAAUUCCAGACUGCCAAGAUAUUGAGUGUGCCCAAGAAAGUAAAUAUGAGGUCUCAGGUUCCUGGUGGUCGUUCAACAAUAACAGCACAAGUAGUGUGAGCAGUAGUGUAAGUACUAAUAGCAGUUCUAUUGAGAGAGUAGAUUAUGAAGCGGAUUGCCUAGAUUAUGAGAUUCUGUGGGAAGACCUUGCAAUUGGAGAACAAGUAGGUCAAGGUUCUUGUGGAACAGUGUAUCACGCCCAGUGGUAUGGCUCGGAUGUGGCAGUUAAAGUAUUCUCCAAGCAGGAAUAUUCAGAAGAAAUGAUAAACACCUUCAGACAAGAGGUAUCACUGAUGAAGAAACUACGGCAUCCCAAUAUAAUACUCUUCAUGGGUGCAGUUGCAUCUUCAGAACGACUUUGUAUUGUCACGGAAUUUCUCCCAAGAGGGAGUUUGUUCCGCUUACUUCAAAAGAACACCGGCAAGCUGGAUCCAAGACGGCGAGUUCACAUGGCUAUAGACAUUGCAAGGGGCAUGAAUUAUCUUCACCAUUCCAGCCCACCUAUUGUUCAUCGUGAUUUAAAAUCAUCAAAUUUGUUGGUUGAUAAGAACUGGACUGUGAAGGUCGCAGACUUUGGUCUUUCACGUCUCAAACUCGAAACAUUUCUGACAACGAAAACUGGAAAAGGAACUCCACAGUGGAUGGCGCCGGAGGUGUUACGUAAUGAACCUUCAGACGAAAAGUCUGAUGUCUAUAGCUAUGGGGUUAUUCUAUGGGAACUUGCUACCUAUAAGAUACCCUGGGAUAAUUUCAAUACAGUGCAGGUUGUUGGAGCGGUGGGUUUCAUGGAUCACAGGUUGGACAUUCCGAGCGACGUAGAUCCUCAAUGGGCAUCGUUGAUUGAGAAUUGUUGGGACAGCGACCCACGACAACGCCCUUCAUUCUUAGAGAUCAUGGGCAGGCUUAGAGAGCUGCAAAAGCAAUACACCCUGCAGGCUCAGAUGCAGCGAAACACAUCUGGGAAUGCUCUACUGAAAGGUGCUGUGAAGAUUAGCGUUGAAGAUUGCUAGCUCCAAAUCCUAGGAAAAAGGCAGCUGCCAUUGUCGGCAACCAGAGAAGAGCAGCCAGGAUGGUUGAUCCACAGUGUAGGACCUGAAUCUAAAAGGCUCAGCGCAUCUUUCUCAGCCAGAAGUUGAGCUAUGCCGGAGUUGAGUUGUACCAGAAAGGUGGUGCAUGGCUUCCCGGAUCUCAAGCCUGAAGCUUCAAAAUUCAGUGAUCUUCAGACAAAGAAGGCGAGACACUUCUGAGAUGCGACUGGCAGUGGUUUGUGGUAUUGUUUUUGUAUUAACAGUUUAACACCCAAUUCGAUUAACACCCAAUUCGUCAUACUUCGUGUAGUUUCUUGAUUUUUUUAGUCUUUCCUAAUGUGUUAGGUCAUGCAUCAAUAGUCUGGACGUGAAAAUUCGAUAACUUUAGGCAAAUAUGUAGAACAAGAACUGGUGGUUGUCCAUAUAUGUUUGAUUUACAUGCUAAAAUUUCAGAGACACCAUCAAA